AUGCCAACCUCACCGACAGCCGAUUCUGGGAUCAAUCAGAGCAAAUCAGCCGAUGUGGUCAAUGAGCAAGAGAUCCGCAUCAAUGAAGAAUUGGAACAACUUGUGGUUGAUAUUCGAAGGAUAGGUGGUGGAGAUGAAGUCAAAUUUGGUGCUCUCUUUGAUGACGAUGCCGUCGCCAACUACUACGAAGCUCUGGUUGGGACCUUGAAAUGUGCCAAGAAACGUGGUAUCAUUGAAUUCAAAGGACAGAUGCUGUUGAAGGGGGUCCAUGAUGAUGUCAUUGUAUCCAUCAAAAAGAGCUAA